CGUCAUCAUGCCCAAACAGGUUCUGGACAUUAAGAAUUUCCUUGAAAUCACCCGCAGAAAGGACGCCAAGUCUGCUCGCGUUAAGAAGAACGGUGACAAGUACAAGUUCAAGGUCAGAUGCUCUCGCUACCUCUACACCCUUGUCGUCAACGACAAGCAGAAGGCCCUGAAGCUUAGACAGUCCCUCCCCCCCGCUCUCAGCGUCCAGGAGAUCUAAAGGUCUUGGAUUCUAGUUUGGAUGUCUAAUCUGGAUGUCUAGCAUGUUCAUUUACUCCAAUAAAUGUGUCAUGGCAUGAACCAUUGAAAAUU